AAACAUUUAGCGCGAACUUGGAGACAGACUGAAAUAGACCAAAACUGCGCUUCUUCAUCUUCCGUGGAUGGAACACCAGCUUCGUGGGCUCUUUAAACACAUCAUACCUGUUAAGCGAGCAGCUCACAGAAACGAGUAGGGCAGGAAGCGGAGGGGGCACGAUCCAGCCACGGGCUCCAGCGAACCCAGCUGCGUAUGUGUUAUUGGCUAGAGUUAACAACACAGGCCGGGGCGAGUCUUCGUCAAGGGGCUCAGACAGGAUGAGAAAGAGUCGUGCUCCCAGUCAAGUUGCCAAACGGAAGCAAACCGGGGAUUCAUGUGACGACGUGGACCGGACACGUAGAAUCGAGAAACGGAGGAGGAGUGAGGGAGAGACGAGGAGUCACGCGUGUCCGUUCAGGAAACCUCUGACGCAGCUGAACAGACCUGCGUGUGUGGACGGUGACAUACAUGAGGUAUUUAUUCGAAGCAUCCUCUCCAAACCAUUUAAAAUUCCCAUUCCAAAUUACACUGGCACACUAGGAAUCAGGGCGCUGGGGCUAAAGAGAGCGGGAGUAAGGAGAGCUCUUCAUGAUCCGUUUGCAGACGAUGCUCUGGUUCUUUAUGAGCCUCAAUCUCUGAGCGCACAUGACUUGAUUAAAGCUGACAAAGAAAAACUUCCAGUCCAUGUGGUUGUUGAUCCAGUGUUAGGGAAAGUGCUGAGACCGCACCAGAGAGAGGGGGUAAAGUUCCUGUGGGAGUGUGUUACGGGCCGACGCAUACCAGGAUCAUACGGUUGCAUCAUGGCUGACGAAAUGGGCUUGGGCAAAACUUUGCAGUGUAUUACUCUAAUGUGGACCUUGCUUCGCCAAAGCCCUGAUGUGAAGCCAGAAAUAGACAAGGCCAUUGUGGUUUCACCUUCCAGCCUGGUUCGCAACUGGUACAAUGAAGUAGGAAAGUGGCUGGGAGGGCGAGUCACAGCAGUGGCUAUUGAUGGGGGUUCCAAAGACAACAUCAACAGACAGCUAGUCAACUUCACUUCUCAGCAUGGUGUGAGGGUUCCGGCACCAAUCCUUAUCAUUUCCUACGAGACGUUUCGUCUGCAUUCAGAGGUGUUGCACAAGUGCAAAAUUGGACUUGUCAUCUGUGAUGAGGGCCAUCGGCUGAAGAAUUCUGACAACCAGACGUACCAGGCCUUAAAUUCAAUGCGCGCCCAGAGAAGAGUGCUAAUUUCGGGCACUCCUAUCCAAAAUGACCUACUGGAGUACUUCAGCUUGGUCCAUUUUGUUAAUGCUGGAAUCCUUGGUACAGCACAGGAGUUUAAAAAGCGAUUUGAGCUUCCCAUCCUCAAGGGUCGCGAUGCAGAUGCAAGUGAUAAAGACAGGCAGGCCGGAGAGGAGAAACUCAAGGAGCUUAUCAUCAUUGUCAACAGGUGUUUGAUAAGGAGAACAUCAGACAUCUUGUCUAAGUACCUCCCUGUAAAAAUUGAGCAGGUUGUAUGUUGCAGACUAACUGCUCUGCAGAGAGAGCUCUAUAGGUGCUUUCUGAGCCAGGCCAAACCCAUUGAGGAGCUCCACAAAGGCAAAAUAAGUGUAUCCUCUCUGUCCUCCAUCAUGUCACUUAAGAAGCUCUGCAAUCACCCAGCUCUCAUCUAUGACAAGUGUGUGGUGGGUGAGGAGGGCUUUGAGGGAGCGCUUAAUUUCUUUCCACUUGGCUACUCUACUAAAGCUGUUGAGCCGCAGCUCUCAGGAAAAAUGCUCGUUCUUGAUUUUAUCCUGGCAAUAACCAAGACUACAAGUAGCGACAAGGUGGUGCUAGUCUCCAACUAUACGCAGACACUGGACCUUUUUGAAAAGCUUUGCACAUCUAGAAGAUACCUCUAUGUUCGUCUGGAUGGCACAAUGUCCAUUAAGAAGAGGGCAAAAAUCGUGGAGACAUUUAACAACCCCUCUAACCCAGAGUUCAUCUUCAUGCUGAGCAGCAAGGCUGGGGGAUGUGGCCUCAAUCUGAUUGGAGCGAAUCGCCUGGUGAUGUUUGAUCCUGACUGGAAUCCAGCCAAUGACGAACAGGCUAUGGCAAGGGUGUGGAGAGAUGGCCAGAAGAAGACCUGCUACAUUUACAGGCUGCUCUCUACAGGGACCAUAGAGGAGAAGAUCUUGCAGAGGCAGGCUCAUAAAAAAGCCCUGAGCAGCUGUGUUGUGGAUGAGGAGCAGGAUGUGGAGCGUCAUUUCUCACUGGGGGAACUCCGAGAGCUCUUCACUCUAAAUGAGGACACCACUAGUGAUACACAUGACAAGUUUCGCUGUCGCCGGUGCGUGAACAACAGAGAGGUUUGGCCUCCACCGGACGACGCAGACUGUACGAGUGAUCUUUCUCAGUGGAACCACUGCUUUGACAAGAAGGGCCUCAGAGACCAAGUGUUGAAAGCCUCCUGGGAUGCUGCUGUCUCCUUUGUGUUCCACCAGUGCUCCCAUAAGGAUCAGAGGGGUGUUUUAUAGAAGACAGUACUGUACAUAUUGGUAUUUAUUUUGUGUUAGAGAGAAUUGCUGUUGCAGUUGCUUUUGCUGUUGAGAAGUGCAGUUGCUUGAAUAAAAAUUUAAAACGUA